AUGUCGGUGAAUCAGGCCAUAUCAGUGUCCGCCCCAGGGAAGGUUAUAUUGUUUGGUGAGCACUCCGUGGUUUAUGGAUAUCCUGCGAUAGCGGCUUCCAUCGAUGCUUUAACCACAUUAACGUUCCAACCUGGUGUUCAAGGGCUCGAAUCUGUUGUUGCGCUUAGGGUUCGUUUUUUGAACAUCACAGACGAGCCUGUAUACAUCACAAAUUGUGACAUUGCCUACCUCGACUCUGUGCGGACCAUCCCUUGCUCUCCGAAUUUCAAAGACCUCUUUAUUUCAAAAAGCCGGCUAAUAUUAGAUAAAUUUGACUCCUCUAACCACCUUGUCUCGAGUGUUGCUGUUUUCCUACUCGCGUUGUAUCUCGUGAGGUCGCAGUAUUCCAGCAGCUGCACUCUUGAUUUGCCGAUAGACGUCUCCGUUAAUUCAACUUUACCAAUAGGUGCCGGUCUAGGAUCUUCAGCAGCUUAUUGUUCUGUUGUUGCGACAUUUUGUUUUUAUCUGUAUGGGUGCAUUGCCGAUUUAGAAUUGACUGAGGAGCUCCUCUUCCUCAUUCAAUCAGUCGCACACGAGGCGGAAAAAAUAAUGCAUUCGUCACCGUCUGGUGUCGACACUACCAUAAGCGCCCGUGGUGGAUUGAUCACCUUUAGAAGGGAUCUCAUUGCUAGUAGAGUUAUUACGCAGUCUUUAUCUCUGCCAUUCUCUUGUGGCGAAUAUCCGAAGUUACUCAUAAUCGAUACCAAUGUUCCUCGAUCGGCAGGUGAUGCUGUUAACUCUGUUCGCCAUCUUCGUGAAAAUCAGCCCGUGUUGUGUAAUCAAGUAUUUGAAGACAUAAAUUUAAUUUGUGGCAAUGCUGAGCGUGUACUUUCGAAGCCUUUAACCCGGGAGUCUCUAGUCGCUCUGAAUAAUCUGUUUGUGCAGAAUCAUGAAGCUCUUUGUAGGCUUGGCGUGUCUAACGAAAAACUUGAUGAAGUCGUAAGGCGAUUAGAAUCCAUCGGCCUUGGUGCCAAACUUACUGGUGCCGGCAAAGGUGGGUGCGCCAUCGCACUACUCUGCAGUUCGAUGGAUCCGGUAGGCGUGGCGCAGGACGUCCGAAACCUCCUGCAUGAUCUUAAUGUGACCGUCCUCGCCGUUGAUUUCUGUGUACCCGGCCUCAAAAUUCAAAUAGAAAAAAUUUGA